CCUCGCGCUGCUCUCUUCCGCAGCAAAGGAAGAGAAGAGAAGAGCGCUGCGAGAAAGUCAAGAGACUCCGCGCUCAUCAUCCGCUGCCGAGGGAUCUGUCCCGCCACCGAUUCCCGGUCCGUAGACCGUCGUGUCGAUCCGUACCACAGGGCCGCGGCGCGGAGAUCAGCGCAUCAUGGGGAACGCAGCUACCGCCAAGAAAGGCAAUGAACUGGAGAGCGAGACUUUUGUGAAAGAGUUUCUAGCCAAAGCCAAAGAAGAUUUCUUGAGAAAAUGGGAAUCACCACCACAGAGCACAACAGGUUUAGAGGACUUCGACAGACUGAAGACGCUGGGCACAGGCUCUUUUGGGAGAGUCAUGCUGGUUAAACACAAGGCUUCAGAUCAGUUCUAUGCCAUGAAGGUUCUGGACAAGCAAAAGGUGGUGAAGUUGAAACAAGUGGAGCAUACGCUAAAUGAGAAGAGAAUAUUACAAGCAGUCUCCUUCCCGUUCCUCGUCAGAUUGGAAUAUGCCUUCAAGGACAACUCUAAUCUGUAUAUGGUGAUGGAGUAUGUACCAGGAGGAGAGAUGUUCUCACAUCUCAGACGGAUCGGAAGGUUUAGUGAACCUCAUGCACGGUUUUACGCUGCACAGAUUGUCCUGACUUUUGAGUACCUCCACUCUCUAGACCUCAUCUACAGAGACCUGAAGCCUGAAAACCUACUCAUUGACCAGCAUGGAUAUAUACAGGUAACAGACUUUGGUUUUGCAAAAAGAGUAAAAGGCAGAACCUGGACUUUAUGUGGAACUCCAGAGUACUUGGCACCAGAGAUCAUCCUCAGCAAGGGAUACAACAAGGCUGUGGACUGGUGGGCCCUUGGCGUUCUCAUAUAUGAAAUGGCAGCUGGAUAUCCCCCGUUUUUUGCAGACCAGCCUAUACAGAUCUAUGAGAAGAUUGUGUCUGGAAAGGUACGAUUCCCCUCACACUUCAGUUCUGAUCUGAAAGAUCUGUUGAGGAAUCUGCUGCAGGUGGACCUGACCAAGCGCUUCGGCAACCUGAGGAACGGUGUCAAUGAUAUCAAAAACCACAAAUGGUUUGCCACAACGGAUUGGAUAGCCAUCUAUGAGAGAAAGGUGGAGGCGCCCUUCAUCCCAAAGUGCCGAGGUCCUGGAGACACCAGCAACUUUGACGACUAUGAAGAGGAAGACAUUCGUGUAUCUGUUACAGAAAAGUGCGCAAAGGAGUUCUCCGAGUUUUAGUUACGGACACAUCAAAGCUAGACAUAUAUGCAUAUAUACAUAUAUUUACUAUUAUCUAUAUAUGUAUAUGUGUGUGUGUGCAUCACACACCUCAAAUAAGGGUAUCUUUGCACUCUAAAGACCUGGGAUGAGCAGAGAGCACAUCACCUUCAGAGUUCUUGUGUACUUCCUUCAUUCCUUCGGGCUUUAGAGGUCACCGGGUUCUUACCCAUCAUGCACUGGCACAUCGGUUCACUCUCUUCCUGCUCCACUUUCACUUUCAGACAACCUGUUUGACAUUGUGUUCCCCGUUUAAAAGCUUAUUUUUUUGACUGAUGUUUAAGUAAGGCAUUACAGAUAUGUGGGUGGGGGGGGGGGGCACAGACACAAAGGCCAAUUCAGCAUUGUUACACCAAUUAAUUAGUUUUUUGUUGUUGUUGUUCAUGGCGGCGUCAUACAGUGUUGUUAUUUGAAUAAUUUGACAUUGCCUGCACCUAUUGGCAUUUUUUUUGGUGUUACACGUCCGUGUCCUUUUUAUCUUCACAUUUAGACCAAAACAACUGACAACUUUUUCAGGUCUUUUUUUUUUUUUGUCGUUGUUACAUGUGCAAAUCUGUCGAAUUAGAGCAUUUAAUUUUUUUUUUAAUCACGUUGUGUGUUGAAAGCAUGACCAAACCCAUCGUGUUGUGAACGGCAGAGGAAGAGCUCUUAACUCUUCUUCAUUACAGAGCCCACAGAUUGAUUGCAUUACAGAUGUUACAGUGAUCUUUAUAUCACCAUGUUACAGUUGAAGGUCCAGUCUCAUGCAUAUACUGACAGAUGUUGUUAGCAAUAUAAAACAUAUCUUAUUUUACCACUUUUGUGCAUUUUUAUUCAUUAUAACGAGGUUUUAUUCUGAAGUAGGAGAUAAAACCUUUUAAACGAGUGCUGUUUAUAAUUUGAUAUUUUAAGAAAAACGGCAAAUGCAUUGGUGCAGCUGCUGUAGGAUGAGUUAAUUAUCACAGAGAGGCACUCAUCAGUUACAUAUCAGUUUGUCACCGUUUUUUAAUUAGUCAAUGUUGAAGCUGUUUUGCAAAGUUCUCUCUUAACUGAAAAUUGUAAAACUGCCAAAACGCCAUGUUGUCUCCUUCAUUGUUGCUGUUGAACUUUUGUCCUCCUUUUUAUUCGUAUGACCGAAUGUAGAGUUGAAACUUCUAGAUAUGCAUAUUGUUUGAGUUCUGAGGUACAUUCUCACAGUCAUAUACUAAGAAACUGACUCUGUUACAAAGAAAGAGAGAAAAAAACCGAGGUUGGUAAGCCUCUUCUCCUUUGUAUCACCUAUAACCCAGUUAUUGUUCAGCUCAUAAUGCGUAUAUGCAUUAUUUCUUAUAAAUGUUUUUAUUUAUACACACAUUAGAGAGAUGCUAAUAAAUUUUAUUUUUAAGACUG